AUGAACGGAAAUUUCAAUAGCUCGUUACCACAAGCAGGUGGCGCCACGGUUACAACACCUGCUUCAAAUAUCCAACAACAGGGCCAACAACAGUAUCUACAGCAACCACAGGCACAACAGGGACAGCAACAGCAGCCAUAUGGAUCUUAUUACUUGUAUAAUCAGCAGAAUCCCCAACAAUCGGACUAUUCAUCAUAUAGACAACAGUACCAAUAUCCCGCAUCUCAGUCUAAUUAUUAUCAGCAACCUGGUCAAUUGUCUCAGCCUCAAUAUAGUUCGGGGCGUAACUAUACUAGUGCACCAACCGUGCCUCAACCACCGGCUGUUCCACAAUUAUCAACAUCUGUAACUUCUUCAGUUCAACAACCACAGUCAACAACCACAGGAGCAACAGUAGCAGGAGCAGGAGCAGCAGCAGCACCAACACAAUCGACACCACUACAAGAUACGCUAAACCCAACAAGCACUUCUACAGUCGGACAGUUUCAACCACCAGGAAUCAGACCUAGAGUGACAACAACAAUGUGGGAGGACGAAAAGACACUUUGUUAUCAAGUUGAUGCCAAUAACGUAUCUGUUGUUCGUAGAGCCGACAACAAUAUGAUAAAUGGAACCAAGUUGUUGAAUGUGGCACAAAUGACUAGAGGUAGAAGAGACGGAAUAUUAAAACUGGAGAAAGUGAGACAUGUGGUAAAGAUUGGUUCAAUGCAUUUGAAAGGAGUUUGGAUUCCAUUUGAGAGGGCGUUGACAAUGGCACAGCGCGAGAAUAUCGUUGAUUUGUUGUAUCCGUUGUUUGUCAGGGACAUUAAGCGUGUUAUACAAACCGGUGUUACUCCAAAUGCAGGAGCCGCAGGAGCCGCAGCCGCAGCAAGCAAUAGCGGCUCUUCUACAGCUGCACCAACUACUGCAAACACCGACACCACUGCAUCAUCCACCACUGCAGCCACAAGUCCUUCCACUAGUAAAGUAACUGCUUCAUCGAAUCCUCAGCAGUCACAAGCUAACUACUACCAGAAUUACAACCAACAGCAAUAUCCACAAUCCUACAGUCAAUAUAAUAGUAGUGUACAACAACCACAACAACAACCACAACAUCAUCAACAACCACAACAGCAACCACAACAACAACAACAGCCGGCUGCUGAACACCCUUACCCUCAACAACAGCAACAAAUAUAUAGCAACUAUCAACAAGGAGGCUAUUAUCCAAAUACCUCCACCGGGAAUGCAUCAUCUGGUACGGGCCAAUAUUAUCCAUAUCAAAACUACAACAACAAUUUCCCUCAACAGGGAAACUAUAAUUAUGCAUAUACUCCGCAACAGCAGCAGCAACAAUCACAAGCAGUAGGUGCAACGACGAAUGGAACUAGUAGGUCCACGGCUGCGUCGACGCAACAAUCACCGCAAACUAACGUGCAAGCGCCGUCGUUGGCACAAUCUUCCCCACAACAAGCACAAGCAGCUGUAGCGGCCAAAGAAGAGAAGUAG